AUGGAGUCUGAGGGAAGACUGAUAUUCCCAAAUGGCAGAGUGCAGAAAGCAUCAGUAUUCGAUAGGCUGGCGCUUUCUAAUGAUACUACAACCACCAUUCCUCCAACGAGAGCGUCCUUUAAAAAGAAUAACCGCCGCCAACUCCAUAAAGGAAAGGUUGCUGGGGGCAAGGACAAUAACGUUCAAGAGCCCCAAAUGAUCCAAUUGACCGCCAUCUCCCGCCUCCGCCUCUUCCUCUUCCCCGCGAAGGCCGAGUCCACCCCGUCCUCCUCCAUGGGGUCGCUGCUGGACGACUCGUCCAAGUCGGAGACGUGGUUCGUCGACGCCCUCAACAGCGCCAUCGGCGCCCUCGACGACCUCCCGCGCGGCGUCUCCGCCGACUCCGCCUCCGUGAACUGCCUCCUCGGCCUCGAGGACGACUCCUCCGUCCACUCCCGCCACACCGCCGCCGCCGCCCCUUCCGCCGCCGCGCCCGCCGAUGCGCUCCCCCGCCCCGACUCUUCCGGCAAGCUCGCGCGCCACGGCGGGCAGGACGUGCAGUCGGGCCCCGACUCGCCGAUGCUUGACAAGAAUUCGUCCUUCGGAUCGACCUCCUCCGCGCCUUCGCUGUCCAACCUCCCGCCGAUCCGCGUCCGCCCCGACGACCGCCCCCCCGAUCACAUCGCCUCUCAGGGGCAGCUGCAGCAGCAGCAGCGGCCGGACGAGGGGUACGCUCCGACCCACCUCCCGCCUCAGAUCCCUCUCCCUGCCGCUCCCGGAUCCACUCCGACCAUCUCCCCCACCGAAAACCCCAACCGGGUCGGGGUUUUCUCCUCCGACGACGAGAAAUCCGACCACGGCGGCAUCCGUCGACCCCUGCAGCCUCCGAUCCAGCCGAAACCAGCUCCUCUCGACGCAAUCGGCUCCGAUUUGAGCGCCAGGAACAUGUACUAUCAGGAGAGGCCUGCUUCCGGCGAGUUGAAUCCUUCCGAUGCCGGAGGCUAUCGGAUUCCAGUGACUGUAUCCAACCAGGCAUAUCUGACUCCAGAGCAACUCCAGCAGCAGUAUUCCUAUCAGCAGCAGCAGUUGCAGCAGCAGCAGCACCAGCAGUUGCAGCAGCAGACGUACCAGCGAAGCCCGAAUUGCCCCCUGCCAGCUUGUAUCGAACUGCGGCCGCCGCAUCCCCUUCUCCUGCUGUUCCCGUGUCGACCCCUCUUAUCCCCAUCCCUGCCGCUGCUGCCGCUGAUCAGGUGCACCCUUACCCCGGAAUGGGGUACCAUGUGAUGCACCACCAGCAACCAAUCCAGUCCUCAGCCGGAAACCCCAACUACGGUUAUGAAUUUGCCGACCCAGCUCAUACCCAGAUGUACCACUCGCAACCCACGUUCCGCCCUUCGCUGGCCCCUCAGUUCCAGACUGUGGUCUCCGCAGCUGCAGCGGCAGGGGUCAUUCCCGAUGGGGCAGCAGGCGAAUCGAAGCAAGGAAGAGCAUCAUAAAUACAGGGCAACCGAAUGCAAAAAUAAAAGAAGGAUUUGGUGAAGGUAAGUGCGAAUUAUCGUCUACUCUUUAUCAUCUUGUUUUAUUCUCAAUUAUGCCAUAUGGAUUGUUGUGAUCGGAUUGCCAAAGUAUUGUUUAUGAGGUCAGUAGUAUAUGUUUGUAGUUAAUCAGUUUUUGUUGUCUUAUAGCGACCAACGGAAGUGAGUUGUUGUAAGUGUCUUCUUUACUUUAUAUUUCAGUUGUCACUGUUCUUCGGUAUAGCUCAGUUUUAAGAAAAUAAACUCUCACAUGGUGUUUUCAUUAGUUUUA